AUUCAUCUUGUAAAUUCUUCAUUUUUGACUGCAAACAAAAAGUAAAAAAAGUGAAUAAACAGUAUAAGAACAUAAUUAACACAUAUAUAUACAGAGAUUCUCACGUUUAUGUGUGUGCUUAUAUAUAAGUAUUGAGAGAGAAAGGAAAAAUUUCUUAAUCCAGGGAUUUUGCAGAGCUAGAGAGAGAAAGAAGAGAGAAGGAGAAGAGGAAUGGCUUCAUUCGAUGCGUUCAGUAUGGACGGUGAGUCGCCGGCACCGGCACCGGCGGCAUCAACUCCGUUCGACGACGGAGACUACGGCAGCUACGAAGAAUCCUCUUUCACGCCGCCGUACCACGCCUCUGGCGGAUUCGGUGGAGAGUAUGAGGAGGAAGUGACGGUGGAACACGUUUCUCAUACCGUCGAUAGUCCCGAUCCCUAUGGGUUCGGGUCGGAUAACCAAACCGAUCCAUUCGGAGCUCCGAUCCCGAAUGGGAAUGGUAAGCCCUACGAUCUAGGUGAUGAUUCUGAGGGAAUUUUCAGCUCCGAUGGACCCGUCCUUCCUCCUCCUAAUGAAAUGCGCGAGGAAGGUUUUGCACUCCGCGAAUGGCGUAGGCAAAAUGCUAUCCGUCUUGAGGAGAAGGAGAAGAGGGAAAAGGAAAUCAGAAACCAAAUUAUUGAGGAAGGUGAAGAAUAUAAGAAAGCAUUCUAUGAGAAAAGAAAGCUCACUGUUGAGACCAACCAGUCAACAAACCGUGAGAAAGAGAAGUUGUACUUGAGUAAUCAAGAAAAGUUCCAUAAAGAAGCUGACAAACAAUAUUGGAAAGCCAUAGCUGAGCUCAUUCCUAAGGAGGUGGCCACCAUUGAGAAGAAGGGAAGGAAGAAGGAUCAAGAGAAGAAGCCAUCCGUCACAGUUGUCCAAGGGCCUAAACCAGGGAAACCUACUGAACUUUCAAGGAUGCGCCACAUACUGCUGAAGCUUAAGCACAGCCCACCACCUCACAUGAUACCACCCCCUCCCCCUCCUGCCAAGGACGCCAAAGCUGGGAAGGAUGGAAAAGACACCAAGGAUGGAAAAGACGCCAAGGGGAAAGAUGCCAAGAAUGCUAAAGAUGAAGCACCAAAUGGAACUUCAGAUGCACCUCCUAGUGAUGCCAAAGUUACUCAGACAUCAGAAGAACCUGCUGCUGCAGAAUGAUUGCCAUUGUGCCUAAUUUCAUUAAUCUUUAAUGUGUUAUGUGUUGUCCUCUACAAAAUAACUCUUUUCUUUAUGAAUUUUGUAUCACUUACUACAUUCUGUGCCAUUCUACUACUAUUUUAUUGGUUCGAGACUGACAAUAGCUGCUGCAUUUUGUUGCACUGAACGUCUGAGAUCUGUUAUUGUACUAUUUAGGUCUUUCUUUAUUGGAGGUGAAUUCACUAUUUUCUUGUUCA